AUGCAUCAGUCCUACUGAGUAAUAACUGAAGAAUUGAACAAUGUUGUUUUAAUAAUUCAGCGGAAAGAACUUGGUGGAGAAGGAGCCAUUCUUAGGAGUUGUUCUGCAAGCGUUCGAAAAGACAAAAUGGCAACUUUGGGCGCGGGGAUGAAGUGUUUAAAGAGCUGUGUGUUUAUUCUGAACAUCAUUUGCCUACUAUGCUCCCUGGUAUUGAUCGGUGCUGGAGCAUAUGUCGAAGUGAAAUUCAGUCAGUACGGAGCCAACUUACACAAAGUUUGGCAAGCGGCACCUAUCGCCAUAAUUGUUGUUGGAGUGGUUAUUCUUAUUGUGAGCUUCCUGGGUUGUUGUGGUGCUCUAAAGGAGAAUGUGUGUAUGCUGUAUAUGUAUGCAUUCUUCUUAAUUGUACUGUUGAUUGCUGAAUUGGCCGCAGCCAUUGUCGCAGUUGUUUACAAGGAUAAGGUUUUGUCGAGUGUUAAUGAUUACAGCUUUUAGAUUGAUGCAGAAGUUGACACUCUGAUGACUGAUGCCUUGAAACAUGAAACUGAAGAAAUACGCAAUUUCAUGGACUUGGUACAAUCCUCAGUAAGUUAGAGCAAUUCUACUCUAAGUUCGUAGUUUCACUGUUGUGGAGCCAAAGGUCCAAGUGAUUACACCCCAACUGUCCCUAAUUCGUGCAAAGGCGAGGGAAAUGAAGUAUUCCCUGAGGUAAGUUGAGUGUUUAUGUUGACGUAUGCCUAAUGUUAUCAGUAUUUCUGAUAAAAUUAACCUUUUUCUUCGCCUUGUAAUGUUUGUGUCACGUAACAGGGUGUUAAUAGUGAGCUUUAAGAUUGUGGUUUGAGGAAAUAAACUGGAAUUUUGAGCAUCAAUUAGGUUCUAUUUAUUUACAGACAAGUUCCUAAAACGUAGUUUUUCUGGAUGCGAUUUGUAAACCCUCAGACUUUAAUUAUUACCAACCUGGUUUAUUUAUUACAAGCUUAUUUUAUAGUUAAUUCAGUGUUAAAAAACGUAAACAAAGGUUUUCGGAACGUUCCGCUGGUUAGUCGCAGUUUCUGCAUUUAUACUUAUAUUAAAAAUAUUUAAGUGAAACACUACAAAGCCGUUUCGGCUUUUCGAACGGGCUAGUGAUCUCUUAUGGUUUCUAACUUCUUGAAUAUAUUAUCUAAGGGGUAGUUCUACACAAGUGUCAUACUAACUAAUCGUAAUCUUGGUUGACAAGUCCUAUCAUGCCACUCUAAACGUCUAAAUCUCUUACAUUACGGACGUUAUAUUAUGUAGAAGUCGACGAAAAGUUGUACAGGUGCUAGUUAGCAAGUGGUCCGUACAUGCUCACUCUGAGGUUUACAAGGCGGGACCCAGUUACAUAUUUCGAAUUCACGGUAACUACACUUCUAACAUUGCUAUGAGUACGGUUCGUUGGCUAUAAAUCGUAGAUGGUUAGAGCUGUAUUUAAGAAUCACAAGACCCAGUUGUCUUCAGCAAAUACUAAUCAACUCUUUAAUUUCCUACUUGUUUUCAACAGAAGCAUCUUACGUUCAAUAAUCAUAGUAAAGGGAAUUCCGUUCGUCAAACCUAUUGUCUAAUACUCACAUAUAUUUCCAUCAAACACUCGUGAUCAUUAUCAACCUGUAAUAUUUUCGCUACCUGUUCACAGUCGCAUUUCAACCCGAUCAGGAACUUCCAUAACCUGCAGUUGAACGGGCAACAUGGAUUAAAUUAUGCUUAAGUGACCGAUGUUCAUCGAAAACUUAUAAUAAUUAAGGUUUAUUGUUCUGCUGUCGUUUACACUCCUCCUCUGAUUUUGUCGACACUGCUGUUUUUUAAGCGACAUACUAAACUAAAGCUGUUAGCUGAAAUAAGUGUUAGUAAGGAUGGAGGAAGUGCCACGUAAAUUUUGAUAGAUGGUUACUAAUCUCGAUGUAACCUGCAGCUGGCAGUUUAUUAUUUGACCAGUUGGGUAUUUCACGGUAGUCAUGUUUUUGUACAGGUGACUGUCUUAAUUCAUUGAUAUUCAUGUUCCUUGUCUGGUUCUUUGAACUGAUAUGUUAAAAGUAUGUUAAGUAAGUUGAAUUACGCUUCAGUCUUCCAAAUCCACUUUGCGCCGUGAAUUACCACUGGUCGAUCAUGAGUCAUUCGCACCAAAGCCGUGAGCUAAGGUAGCCAAGUUGACCACACCUCGUGUGCAGCUAACUUAAACAUAAGUCCAACAAAUUCUGCUCGCACAACAGUUGUGGUAACAACAGAGGAACUAAACCAGGCCUCGAAAUUGAGGGGCAACAAGAGGCGUACGACGAAAUAAGAACUAACUGAUUGUCGUUUGCCAUGAAUUGUUUCCAUAUCAAGUGACAGUUCAAAGUUGGCGCCAGCUGACAAGGUCCGCAUCUUCAUAAAUUGUGUUCCUUAUCUUCAUAUUCCAUUAAUAUUCUUUUAUUCACUACGACGGAUUUUAUUCGCUCGUUUUUCCUUCCCAGCCUAUAUCUUGUGUUAUUUUGAGGCGUGACUCCUAUAGCCUGCGUUUUUGUGUCCGGAUCUUACUAGUCCAAUCUAAACUUUCCUUAUACUUUCUUUAGUAAUAUGAGCUGUCCUCAAACACUACUGCAAAAUGUGCUCUUAUUUACUCAUGUUCUUUGGACAACCGUUGUGCGUAGUCAUGCAAACAACACCCUAGCAAAGAUGCAUGUUAGUUCAAGCUGUCAUUCUCCACAUCAGAUUAAGUAAAGACGACGUGUAAAAACACCAGCAAUUUUACAAGCUCAGAAGGCGAAAAUGCAAAGGAACAUAGAUAAUUCAUGAUAAGGGUCUCAAGAUUUUGAAAAUGAAGCGUGGGUGCAUCUUCACAGUCAAUUUCGAUGUAUAUCACUUAAAUUCCCUAUUUAUUGAUUUUGACUGUCUUAUGCACUUCAACUACGCAAAUCCUCCAGGCUAACGAUACGGGACUUCACAAAUUAUGUUUAUUUGUUCUGAACUGAACCAUUGAAAACGAUUGAGAUGCGUUUCUCACCUCCCUUAAACUAACUGGUACUUCAGAACUGGCUAAUAAUGAUAUUCCAUUUGAUGGUAGGUCGCGCUGAUCCCCACUCACUCAAGUCAAACCCUUCCAUAUGAAUCAGUGUUGAGGGGGUAUGACUCAAAAUCGAUCUCCAUCGCAGUUGCAUUCACAUCCUAAUCUUAGUCAUCAUGCGGAAUCCUGCUACUGUUUUGUCCAUUCAUCUCUUUUUACUAUCUACCACUUUUGAGUACCCUCUUCCUUAUUUCUCUGUCCCAUCUCUGCGCCCUCCACCUUGAUAUGCUGACAUGAGGUGUGACACCUCGGACCGUUACGCAGCGAUCGCAGACCUCAUGUUGAUACUGAGUGACUGAGUCGGUGACUGAUAAAGUCUCUUUACAGAUAAAAAGAAUGGAAUUAUUUUUUACUAAUUUGCACCACUUUUCGUUCACGGUCCUAAACUAAACACUUACAUCACUGAAUGUAGAGAAAAUGAUAAUGCACCGAGGUGUUUGACCACUGUUGCCUUUGUAGUAUUUAAUGUAUGUCCAAGGACUACAAAGUGAGUUGCGUAGAUGUUAUAUGAAGGUUAGAUUAAAAGAUGAAAGUAAUUGACUGAUUUAUUUGGGUUGUGCUAGUCUCUUCAAACUAUUGUUUAUACCCAGUAUUCGUUGCCAACUAAAGUAGCUUUAUAUUUCAAAAAGGUUGAAGGCAGCCAAACUAAAACUUGGCAUUAAUGCAUUAAUCUUUUUUUUGUUGGUCUGAGCUGUGUGACGAAAUGCAAACAUCUAGGUUGUGGGCCGUUCAACCGCUGAAAUCUACUUUUAAGACUAGACACUGACAGACAAAAUCAACUUAGGACCAACCUCGCACAUGAGUGGAUGGAAAAAGAGCAAUGUUGAGGUUGGCCAAAGAAUAUGUAAUAAGGAAGAAUUCUAAAUAUGAUUCGUGAAAAUGUUCAAACUGUAAAAAAUAUCAAAGAGUAAAAACGUCUACGUCAUUGUGACCGAUUUUGAGCUAUUUCACUAAGGCUCUUCAACCGUAGAUUCCUAUUUUUCGAGGACCUCAGGCGGGUAGUCUGCACAUCUCUACGCGUCUCAGGACAAAGAUCAGACAUUUUGUGGAUUGAUUCCACGCCAUGUUGGUGUCAUCCUGAACAUUCUUUCAAGCCAUUGCAACUUCAGUUAACACCACACGGCGUAGGUAGUGGCUCAAGAUAUACAUCUUGUGUCCAAGACACCUCAGUCUCUUUAAGUUCGCAACUUCAUCUACUGGCAUUCUUUUCUUGUCUAGUACUCUUCACCUGACCUCGACGUUGUUCACAUGGUGAUCCCACUAUACAUGGGAAAUACUACGAAUACACCUGUGUUCGAAAUCAUGUAGGCUCUUCAUAUCUUUCAACAACCGUACCUCAGCCAUAUAAUAGAAGAGAGCAAACUACAGCUCAGUAUACUCGUCCUCUAACGAGUAGUUGCGUGUAUCUCCGGUGUUAGACAUAACUGAGUUUGACGAAUAACAAUUGUGCCUUCUGCAUUGGAGCUGAAAAACUUUCCGUGAUCAAUACAUUUGUGCUAAAUGAAGUGGUCAACACAUUUCAUCACUUCACUCCAUAUGCUAUUAUAUUUGGCAUGGUAUAUUUUCGCAACUGAGAUUUAUACUUGAAUGUUUUCACACGCGUUACGGAUUUUAUAUGCCUAGUAUUUUCUUAAUGUUUCGUCUUCUCUUCAUUUCAGGGUUGUGUGGAUGUAUUCGGGGCAUUCUUGAAACGGAAUCUAAUAAUUGUUGCUUGUGUCGCUUUCGGUGUAUGCUUCUUCCAACUGUUGAGCAUCAUUAUAGCCUGUUGUCUAGGCCAACAAAUAAGAGAAUAUGAAAAUGUUUAGCUGGAAAGUAGAUGCACAGUGUAUGUGGAUGCGUGCGUGUGUAAACACUUCCUUUUCUCCUGGUUUUUAUCAAUAAUGCUUUUUUUUAUUGCCUAGAUAAUUGUGCCUUGGUUAUAUAUAUUCUUGUAAUGUGUCGACUACAUUUACGAUCAUGAUUCUUCUAAUGACAUCCUAUAUAUUAUGUACUUACUACCAUUGUCACUGACAGCGCAUUGAUUCCACAGUAUACUUAUUGACGUAUACCUGCAAAAUUAUGAUGAUAAUCAAAUUGCCUUCUCUUCCCUCUCCUUUUCAUGUCACAUUCAUGGUGUGCAUCUCUUUCUUGACAUUCGUUUAAUCAAUGCUUCUGCAUAUAUAUAUACACGUAAAUUUUCAUUCUCGAUGAUGAAAAAUGUGUUGUUUUACUUUUUAAAAUUAUGCUUUGUUGUUCUCCGAUAUCAUUGGAAAAUUUUCUUGUAUAAAUAAAUACACGCCUGUUGUUCAAAUUA